UAUGUCAUUGCAACCUAUUUCUAAAGACACCGCCGAAGGCCGAGUCCCUGUGUGCCUAAUUAGAGCCAAUGGCGCAGAAUAUUUCUCUUCUCCUGGCCAGCAAGGUCACCACGCCGAGUCCAUGCUUUCCGAGUCUCUGAACGUGAACCCCUACGUUCUUUUCGUUGUCGCGGUCAUUGUCUUCGCUAUCUACCAACGACCGCGAUCACGCCUGCCUUUGCCUCCAGGGCCCAAGAAAGCGCCUUUCGUUGGCAAUUACUUCCAACUGCCGACGUCUUUCGAAUGGGAAACAUACGCGAAAUGGGGUGAACAAUAUGGCUCUGACCUAAUUCACCUCGACGCUGCCGGUACUUCUAUCAUCAUCGUGAAUACGCACAAGGCUGCUGUUGAGCUAUUCGAAAAACGCUCUGCUCUCUACUCCAGCCGAGUAUGGUCUACGAUGGUCUACGAGCGCGUCGGAUGGAGCUGGCUCUUUGGAUUUAUGGCGUACGGCGAGCCGUGGAGGGAGCGCAGGCGGCUCUUCCAGCAGCACUUCCACCCCAACGAGAUCAAGAUACACCAGCCGCGUGAGGUGGAAUACACCCACAGGAUGCUUCGCCGUCUGCUUGACUCCCCUGAAAGGUUCAUGGAACACAUCCGGCGCAUGGCAGGGGCCAUCACCCUUGCGCUUGCCUACGGCAUCGAAAUACACGACCUCGAUGACCCCCAUAUUGAAAUCGCCGAACAGGCAGUGGUUGGGCUUGCCGCAUCCGCGGCACCCGGUGCAUUCCUUGUCGACUCUAUCCCCAUCCUUAAGUAUGUCCCAGCUUGGAUGCCCGGUGCGGGCUUCCAGAAAAAAGCAAAGGAAUGGAGCGAGUGGACGAGGAGGCUGCUCGAGGUCCCGUUUGCUGCCGCUCAGAAGGAGAUGGCGGAGGGUACGGCGAAGCCGUCGUUCGUCUCGCUCUGCUUGAACAGUCUUGAUGAGACCAGGGAUGUCGAACAUCAGACGAAAUUAAUCAAAGAUACAGCAGGCAAUUUCUUCGUCGGUGGCUCUGACACGACGGUCUCCGCUAUCAACACCUUCAUCCUCGCGAUGACCUGUUACCCAGAGAUACAACGAAGGGCUCAGGAAGAGAUAGACUAUGUUGUAGCUAAAGGCCAACUGCCUGACUUCGAAGACGAGCCCUCUCUUCCUUACCUCUCGGCCAUUGUCAAGGAGGUCCUUCGCUGGCGAGCGAUCACACCUCUAGCGAUUCCGCACUAUCUUGCUGAAGACGAUGAGUACAAUGGCUACUUCCUCCCAGCAGGUUCGAUCGUGGCAGGGAACGCAUGGGCAAUUUUGCACGACAAAGAAGAGUACCCUGACCCACUCGAGUUCCGCCCCGAGAGGUUCUUGAAAAACGGGAAGCUAAGCAGGGACGUCAGGGAGCCAACAGUGGCCUUUGGUUUUGGGCGAAGGAUCUGCCCCGGGAGGCAUAUAGCCAUUUCGACACUUUGGAUCGCAGCUGCGUCGAUCCUGACGGUUUACGAUAUCUCAAUGGCCAAGGAUGUCCACGGGGAUCCGAUUGUGCCCAAUCAGGAGUACAUCUCCUCUAUGGUCAGGCAUCCUGCGCCCUUCAAGUGUUCUAUUACACCUAGAUCACGGGAAGCCGAACGGCUGAUUCUUUCUCUUGAAGAGGGACCAUCCGGUUCGUCCUG